GUCUGCAUCCUCUUCCCUCGCUCAGUUUUGGACUCUGAAGAGUCACAAGUACUUGGUCCAAAUGUCGCCGUUAGCCCUGGGUGUGUUUUGUCUGCUGUGCUGCGGCUCGCUCCGUGUUUCUGGCACGAGGAGGGAGUAUUUCCUCAGGAUCGAGGAGGUCCAGUGGAACUAUGCACCGACUGGACUCAACCUCAUACACAACCGCUCGCUCCAGGAGGAUGAAGAAGCUGCGGUCUUCCUCAAGAAAGGGCCCCAGCGAAUCGGCCCCACCUACAAGAAGGCGGUGUACAAGCAGUACAGCGAUGCCACCUACAGGACGGAGGUGAAGAAACAAGACUGGCUGGGAUAUCUGGGGCCCCUGCUGAUGGCGGAGCAGGGGGACACGGUGGUUGUCCACCUUAAGAACCUCGCAUCGAGACCGUACAGCAUUCACCCACACGGACUGAACUACAGCAAGGGCAGCGAAGGAGCGUUGUACCCAGAUGCUACCUCACCAGACCUGAAGCGGGACGACUCGGUGGCUCCUGGUGCGGCAGUCACGUACGAGUGGUCCCUGCCGCAGUCCCACAGCCCCACAGUCACUGAAAGCAACUGCCUGACCAGGUUCUACCACUCCCAUGUCGCCACGCCAAAAGAUAUCAACUCAGGACUGAUCGGGCCCCUCCUCGUCUGUAAGACAGGAACCCUGGACGUGCACGGGGACAGUGCGGCGGACUACGUUUACGCUCUCAUGUUCCUGGUGUCGGACGAGAACUUCAGCUGGUACCUGGAUGAAAACAUCAGGACGCAUAUCACAAACCCUGCGAGAGGCCUGAAAGAGGAUGAGGAUUUCAUCGAGAGUAACAAGAUGCACGGUAUCAAUGGAUUUCUGUACGGCAAUCUUCCCGGACUGAGCAUGUGCCAAGGGAACAAGAUCCACUGGCAUAUGGUUGGCUUAGGCAAUGAGGUGGACAUGCACUCCGUUCAUUUCCACGGCCAGAUCCUCACCAGCGAAAAUCACCACACGGACACGGUCAGUCUUUUCCCGGGCUCCAGCACCACCGCCGAGAUGGUAGCAGACAAUCCGGGACACUGGCUGCUGACCUGCACCGUUAACGACCAUCUAACGGGUGGUAUGCAGGCCAUUUUCGAGAUCAAGAAAUGUUUCCCCAACGUUCAUAAACCUCGUCCGUACGGCGAGCUCAGACAGUUCUUCAUUGCUGCCGAAGAAGAGGUCUGGGACUACGCUCCGACACUUCCCACUGACGGUGACGCGGACAUGUUCGUGACCAAAGGUCGCAAUCGUAUCGGGAGUCGCUACAAGAAGGUUCGCUACGUGGAAUACACCGACGGCAGCUUUCUCACAAAGAUGCUACGCAGCCCGGAAGAGAUACACCUCGGAAUUCUGGGUCCCGUGCUGCGAGCCGAAGAGAAAGACACCAUCAAGGUGGUCUUUAAGAACAAGGCCAGUCGCCCUUACUCGAUACAGUCUCACGGUGUCCAGUACACUAUUGAGCAGGAUGGGACGCUCUAUCACAACGAGCUGGAAGAGUCCUACUCCGCCAAAAAACUCAGGGAAUUAAAAGGAGAACGACGAACAGUGACUCCUCCUCCAGCGGCUCUGGUUGCACCAGGGAAGACGCACACAUACGAGUGGUUGGUGCCCGCCGGUGCCGGGCCCGUGCAGAGGGAGGCGGACUGUCUGACCUACCUGUACUACUCCGGGGUAGACCCCGUCAAAGACACCAGCUCCGGACUAGUCGGACCAAUGCUUGUCUGUAGACCGGGAUCGCUCAAGAAAGGAACCCAGAAAAACUAUAAUAAAGAGUUCCACCUGCUGGCUACGGUGUUCGAUGAAAACCUGAGCUGGUAUCUGGAAGACAACAUCCGGGCCUUCACCACAGCUCCCACCACGGUGAACAAAGAGGAUGAGGGCUUUAUCGAGAGCAACAAAAUGCACGCCAUCAAUGGAUUUAUAUACGGGAACCUCAAAGGCCUUACCAUGUGUAAGGGGGACAAAGUGACGUGGCACCUGUCAGGACUGGGCUCGGAGACGGACAUCAACAGUUUUUACUUCCAGGGGAACCGCUUCAUCUUCCGCCAAAACAGAAUGGACACCAUUUCGGUUUUUCCGCACAUCUCCCACACGGUGACCAUGGAGCCAGACAGCAUGGGUCAGUUUGAGGUUUCAUCGCCGACGGUCAAUCAUUACCGGGGAGGAAUGCGAGCCAACUACACGGUGCAGAAGUGCAGCUUCUUCCAGCGGCAGGGUGAGACCAUGCUCCAUUCCAAAACCUACUACAUCGCUGCCAUGGAGGUGGACUGGGACUACUCUCCGAACCGUACUUGGGAGGCUGAGAUGUACCGAGGUCAGCAAAGUCCGGCAACAGUUUUCCUGGACCAGCAAGGCGGCUUCAUCGGCUCUCGCUACAAGAAGGUGGUCUACCGCCAGUUCGCCAACGACAAGUUCUCCAAGCAGGUGGAACGAGGCGCGGACAUGGAACACCUCGGCGUCAUGGGUCCAAUGAUCCACGCUGAUGUUGGAGACAAAGUCAAAGUGGUUUUCAAGAACAUGGCCUCCAGACCUUACUCCAUCCACGCCCAUGGAGUCAAGACGGAAAACCCGACUGUGUACCACACCAAACCAGGUGAGACUCACAGCUAUGAGUGGUAUGUCACUAAGACCACAGGACCAACCACGGAGCAGGAGGAGUGCUCCGUGUCAGCAUACUACUCCACUGUGGAUGUUGCCAAGGAUCUGUACAGUGGUCUGAUCGGUCCCUUGGUCAUCUGUCGCCGCAGCUGGGCCAGGACUUUGGGCCUGAAGAAGGAAAUUGAAGAGUUUGCGCUGCUGUUCCUGGUCUUUGAUGAGAAUGAAAGCUGGUAUUUGGAUGACAACAUCAGGACUCAGAUCAGGAACCCACGACAGAACUUGAAGGAUGACGAAACCUUCAUAGAAAGCAACAAGAUGCAUGCCAUUAAUGGUUUGGUAUACGCCAACCUCAACGGCUUGAACAUGGAGGUCGGCGACAAGGUCUACUGGUACCUGAUGGGGAUGGGCAACGAGGUGGACAUACACGGUGUACACUGGCAUGGUCACAGUGUGGAAUAUAAGCUGGGCGGAGGCCCGCAUACAACUGAUGUCUUCCAGCUUUUCCCGGCCACCUUCCAGACUGUAAAAAUGCGGCCGCAGUACCCGGGCAGGUGGAUGCUGCACUGUCACGUGACCGACCACAUCAAGGCCGGCACGGUGGCCAUGUACACCGUCAAAGAAAAAGCGGCGAGGAGUAAGUUCCUUGGUUGAGAAUGUGAAGAAAAAGGAUCAAGCUGGACCCAGACAUGUUUUAUUUCAUCUUAUUAGAAUGACUUGGAACACUGGUGAUAACAGUCUUUUGGCAGCAGGGGGCGCUCUGACUACAACUAUAAAGAAUUCAUUUUGGAACACCUGGAAGUACCUCAAGUCUAAAGAUGUUCUAAAUGAAUCAAAAGGUAUCUUUUUUUUUUCUCCUCACCAAAAUAAAGUUAAUUGGAAAUAUCA